AUGGCGUCAGCAGCACCGUUCCCCAGCAGCCUCCUCUUCCCGACCAGACCAAGCACGCCACCGCUCCCGUCGUCCUCCUCCCGACCGUCUCACACUCACUCCCGCCCCCACCUCCGCACCCCAUCUCCGAACCCUAAUAAUCCAGCGGCCGCGCCGGCGUCCUCUCGGAUGGAGGUCGCCCAGCCCCAGGCGAGCGACGCCCAGGGAGGGGUGGAGGAGCCGGCCAUGAAGCUGCUGUUCGUGGAGAUGGGCGUCGGCUACGAUCAGCACGGCCAGGACAUCACCGCCGCCGCCGUGCGCGCCUGCAAGGACGCCAUCACCUCCAACUCCAUCCCCGCCUUCCGUGGCGGGUCCAUUCCCGGAGUGAACACCGACCAGAUGAAGCUGCAGAUCAAGCUCGGGGUGCCGAGGUCGACGCAGCACUUGCUGGAUGCUGAGAGAGUCAAGGCCGUCUUCCCCUAG